AGACCUUCUCAUUGGUCGCAUUCUCUUUCCGUCACGCUGUGGCGGCGCGGCGUGAUGACGUCUCCUCCUCCUCACCAGCACCAACAUGGCGAAGAAACAGAAACAACGUGGGAAAACAUCCUCGACCUCAAAGACGACAGAUAUGGAGAAACACACGGAACAUUUCAGUUUAAUACUCGCGUCCAGUGACGACGACGAGAUGCCCGAAGAGGUGACGUUUGAAGACUCGAAGGCUGAGGCUUUACGGAGCAUGAAACAGGCGCUGGACGCAGACAGACGGGAAAAAGAGCUGCUGAAAGAGAAGAGAAGGAAAAGACAGGAAUUGUUCCAGGAACAGAAGAAAAGAAAACUCUUACCGGCGGACGUGUUGGAGGAAAUCGCCUCGGCUCCUUCAAAGAAGCAGAAACCGUCUGAGGCUGAAGCAGCUGAAGAGGAGGAGGAGGCUGAAGAGGAGGAGGAGGCUGAAGAGGGAAAGAAGAAGAAAGGGAAGGGGAAACCGGCACACGCCCGAAUUCUGAAGGGAAACUACACGGUGACGACGGGGAAGGAGCGAGCGGCGGGGUCGUUCCAGCGGCAGGCGGCCGAGGACUUCCUCCAGUCCAGACUGUACGGACCAGGGAGCUGCAGGACCACGAGUGAGAAAGAAUCAGUAACGAGAUGCUCUCCCUCCAGAACAAGAAGGGGAUGCAUAAAAGUGCAGCGGUGCAGUUUGUUAAGAAAGACUGGGCCAGUAACGAAAAAGCCAAAGCGGAGAAGCUGAAGAAGAGGUGGAUCCACAAGCAGAAGAUUUCCUCCUGCUGACCGGUCGGACCGGCAUCGACCCGGGCCAGCAGACGUUCGCUGCUCCUUCCGCACGCUGAAUUUAAACGGACACCAAUCAUGAGCGACCGCCAGAAACACGAGGAAGACGUCAUGUAAGCUUUGGGCUGGGACACCCUCUGGACAACUGACUCUAUUGACUUGAUGUGGACACGGCAGCAGCCGGAACCGCUCGGCCCGAAUCACCAACGUGGAGCAGAACAACGCUUGAAUCUUGAGACUGAUUAGAGGCCCUUUUCCACGCCUUUAACUACCCAUCAACGGGUUCUCAUAAACCUGAAUUAAAAAAGAUCAUCUGCUUCUUAAAGAGCAGAACAUGUGACGAUACAGUCGUUUAGUGUUUAAGGAUUUUUAAUCUGUAACCUUAUAGUCAAGUUAAUUGAUGAGAAUCUGAUAAACUUUGUUUUCUGUAAAACAAAUAAAAAAUAAAAGCUUAUAUCUGUAAA